CAAGGAUUUCGCCGAUUUCGUCGUUCGCGCAGAAAAUUCUAGUUUGUUUUGAUUACAUUUUAGUUAAGAAAGAUAACGUCGCUUGAUUCACUACACCGCAAAUAUAAAAGCAGUUGAAUUGAAUUACAAACACGGUAUUUUCAUGCUAAGAAGUUAAUGCCAUAGUGCCUUGUACAAAAACAGAAGAUUAGCCCAAAAAUUCAAAACAGGGAGAGAAGUUUAGCACAUCAUGGUGGUAUUCUUUACAGAUCAUCUGCGGGCCAAGGGUGCUCAAAUCUUCCCUUUGAAGCCCGAAGUGAAAGUUCCAGCGAAACCAAGCAUCAGAAGUUUGAACAGCCUCCUCCAGGACAUAUAUGUGCGUUUCAUAGCACUAAGAGAUAAGGAUUUUGAGAAAUAUUUCAAUGUGUUUGAAACAAUAUUCUUCAAGUUGCAUGAACUAAUGAAGGAAGCAGAUACUUACUACGGGCAAUAUUCCAGCAAUGUACUAUACGCGGGUAGCCACUACGACAAACUACGCAUCAACAAGCCCGACGAGUUCGACAUGGACAUCGUCAUCGGGCUGCCGGUCAACGCGGACGAAAACCCACAAAACCCGGCUAAAAGCGAUGUGGUCAUGGAGGACAUUGCACCCGGUUUCGUGAGGCUGAAGAUGGGGAAACAGUUUCAGAACUUGCCGAAUAGGGAUCAAAGGAAAGAUUGGGAAAUAAACCAGACGGCUUACAAAUGGCUAGACGAUGACAACUACCUGCUGCGUUCACAGUUCAUGUACUGGUUCAAGAGUGUGGUAGACAAAGCCAUGAACCUCUUCGAACAGAACGAGUAUGGUGAACCCUACAUGGAUGUAGAGGGGAAACCGUACACUCUCCGUUUAUCUGCCAGUGGCCCCGCCUACACGCUCAUCAUCGAGGACAAGCAGUGCGGGUUCCGGCUGGAAGUGGACCUGGUCCCGGCCCUCAAGUUCCCUGAAAGUCGCUGGCCUAUCACCAAGAAAUAUAGAAGGAUACCCAAGCGUUGCAAGAAGGACUUCUUCAUGGUGGUGCCAAAACCCUUAAAGGGCGGUCGCAGCCCGUUCGACUCGGACCGUUCCUGGCGGCUGGCCAUGCACAUUCAGGAGAAGGACCUCAUGUACGACACGUGUCAUAUGAAGCAGGUCAUACGCCUGAUAAAGAAGCUCCGCGAUUCCCUAGGCUUGGACAAAAUUGCAAGCUACUACAUAAAGACCAUUUUCUACCACGAGGCCAUCGAACAACAACAUGAUGAAGAUUUUUGGAGCAGGAAUAGUCCUGCAGAUCUUUUCAUACAUAUGGUCAAGAAGUUUCUACAAUACCUUGAAAAUAAGAACAUUCCAUACUUCUGGAACCCGGAAAAUAAUUUGAUAGAACACAUUAAUGACUCGACUUUAGUCAGCUACGCAAAUAAACUGAGGAAACUUGUCAAGAUUUUGAACAAUCUGGAUGAUCCAUCGAACUAUAAGGAGGGUGCGAAGUAUUUGUUGACGGAGAGUCAAUAUGAGUUGUACAGGAAGAAAAUAUUGCGUGUAUAAUUUGUAUACUAUGGAAGGUAGAGGUAAGGAAUACUAUCUCCAUAGGCAGAACUAUGGAGGGUAGAGGUAAGGAGAACCAUCUCUUAUGGGAAACUGUUCUAGUCAUUUCCUCAAAGGUUAACUGGAA